UAGCCUUUCACCACCGCCGUACGCCCGUACCCCCAUGAUCCAAACCUAAUUGCCACUGUAAUCCCCACAAUGCCACGAUUGUUCGUAACCCUGAUUGCCGUCGCCGUUGCUGCUGUCAGCUCAGUGGAUUCGCACGCCACCGACCGCGCCGCUCUGCUCGCCUUCAAGUCCGGCGUACGGGGCAACCUCUCCGACUGGGGCUCCCGCUCCCCUAGAAUGUGCAACUGGACUGGCGUCACGUGUGACUCGACAGGACGCGUGACGCGCCUCCUUCUCAAGAACUCUAACCUCAGCGGCGUCAUCUCCCCGUCGAUCGGCAACCUCUCCGCUCUCAGGAAGCUCGAUCUCCGGUUCAACCACCUCUCCGGCACCAUCCCGCGGGAGCUCGGCAUGCUGUCCCAGCUCCUGGAGCUGAGGCUCGGCCACAACAGUCUCACCGGUACCAUCCCGGAGGCCGUCGUCUGCAACUGCACCUCCCUGACCUCCAUCAUCCUGAGCAACAACAGCCUCACCGGCGAGAUCCCGUUCUCCGCACGGUGCCGGCUCCCGCGCCUGCAGCAGCUCAGCCUCUACGAGAACAGGCUCGAAGGCGGCAUCCCCUCGCCCAUGUCCAACUUCACCAGCCUCAGCUGGGUGCUUCUGCAGUACAAUCGCCUCGGCGGCGUGCUGCCGUCCCAGAUGUUCAGCAAGAUGCCGUCCCUCCGGUACCUCUACCUGUCCGGCAACAGCUUCUCGAGCGACGGCGGGAACACCGACCUCGAGCCGUUCCUCGCCUCCCUGGCGAACUGCACCGGGCUGCAGGAGCUUGGAGUGGGGUCGAACGGCAUCGGAGGCGAGAUCCCGGCGGUCAUCGGCAACCUGUCGUCCGCCAAUCUCUCCCUGCUCUACUUGGACGACAACGAGAUCACCGGUGCCAUCCCUCGCGCCAUCGGAAACCUUGCCUCGCUGACGGAUUUAGAGCUGCAGGACAACAUGCUGGAGGGGCCAAUCCCCAGCGAGCUGUUCCAUCCACGUGGGCUUACAAAGAUAGUCCUCUCGAAUAACCAGAUCAAUGCCGAAAUACCCAAAUCCAUCGGCUUAUUAGCUCAGCAGCUAGCCACCAUCAGCAUAUCGAAUAGCGGUCUCCGAGGCGAGAUACCAGAGACCUUGUCGAACCUCACCAACUUGGACUACGUUCUUCUUGACCACAACCAGCUCUCGGGUGCCAUACCACCUGGUGGUCUUAGCUGCCAGAUGAUCCUGGACCUUUCGUACAACAAGCUUACAGGCCAGAUCCCUAGUGGCAUGCCUGGGCUCCUUGGUAGCUUCAACAUGUACCUUAAUCUCUCUAACAACCUCCUAGAGGGGCCCGUGUCGUCACUGGAGUUCGGCAGCAUGGAGAUGAUCCAAGCUCUUGACUUGUCGGGAAACAAGCUCUCCGGCGGCCUUCCGUCUUCCAUGGGCGCCUUGAAAAACCUCCGUUUCCUUGACGUUUCUUCCAACGGCCUUACCGGUGUGAUUCCUCGGUCUCUGCAAGGGUUGCCGCUCCAGUUUGCCAACUUCUCACACAACAACUUCACCGGCGAGGUGUGCGGCGGAGGGUCAUUCGCGAACCUCACGGGCGACUCGUUUCUCGGCAAUCCUGGCCUGUGCGGGUCUGUCCCCGGCAUGGCGCCAUGCGGCGGAAGGAAACGUGGCCGCUUCCUGUACAUAGCCAUCGGCGUCGUCGUCGCCGUUGCUGUCGGCUUGUUGGCCAUGGUGUGCGCUGUUGUUGAUCACUACCUGAUGAGGUCGUCCAGGUCGAGGUUGGCAAUGGCAGCCCCAUCUAGUCUACUACCACGUUUCUCCACGACAGGAUUGGUCAAGGCCACCGGCGACGGCGAGAAGGAGAGCGGCGAGCACCCAAGGAUCUCGUACUGGGAGCUUGCCGACGCGACCGACGGCUUUUCAGAAGUGAAUCUGAUCGGGAAAGGAGGAUACGGGCAUGUCUACAGGGGUGUCCUCCAUGGCGAGAGCGAGACGGUGAUCGCCGUGAAGGUCCUGCGCCAGGACCAGGCCGCUGGUGGCGAGGUGGUCGCCGGCAGCUUCGAGAGGGAAUGCCGGGUGCUCAGGAGCAUCCGGCACCGGAACCUCAUCCGCGUGGUCACCGCGUGCAGCACGCCGGAGUUCAAGGCGGUCGUGCUCCCCUUCAUGCCGAACGGCAGCCUCGACAGCCUCAUCCACGGGCCUCCGGCGGCGGCGGCAGGCGGGCCGCGGCACCUGGGCCUGGACCUGGACCUGCUGCUCGGCGUGGCCAGCAACGUCGCCGAGGGCAUGGCGUACCUGCACCACCACGCCCCCGUCAAGGUCGUGCACUGCGACCUCAAGCCCAGCAACGUCCUCCUCGACGGCGACAUGACCGCCGUCGUAUCCGACUUCGGCAUCUCCAAGCUGGUGGCGACCGACGACGGCGCGAGAGGUCCAGAGGUGACGGGCGAGGCAUCGACGUCGUCCGUGUGCAACUCCAUCACUCGGCUGUUACAAGGCUCUGUCGGCUACAUCGCGCCCGAGUAUGGCUUGGGAGGCCGCCCUUCGACGCAAGGCGACGUGUACAGCUUCGGGGUGAUGCUGCUGGAGAUGAUCUCCGGGAAGAGGCCGACGGACGUGAUCUCCGAGGAGGGGCACGGCCUGCACGACUGGGCCAAGAAACUCUUGCAGCACAAGCGUGACUUGGGCGCCGUCGUCGAGGAGCGCUCGCUGCUGCCGUUUGGCCCGCCGCCGCGGGGCGAGAUGGAAGAGGUCGCCGUCGUCUUGGAGCUGCUUGAGAUCGGUGUCGCGUGCUCGCAGCUCGCACCGUCGAUGAGACCCUCCAUGGACGACGUGGCGCACGAGAUCGCGUACCUCAGGGACGGUACGUGGAGGAAGUACGGGGUGACAGAUCUCAAAACCACCAUUUUUGACCAGCAAACUCCAAGAUGCACCGACUAGUUCUAUCUUCAGUUGUCCGGUGCCAAACGAUUAGCACAACCGACAGAUCUAGCGUAUAUGUAACUAAGUUUGAAGUAUUGGGAUAUAGAUCAUGGCCUGGUGUCAAUGUGUGCUACUAGCUGUAUUGUACUCGCCGACUGUCCGUAAAUAAACCACCAAUUUGUAAAGCUGUUUUAAAUUAUGUUUAAAAAUUAGCUAAGCGUAUAAAGAUAUA